CCAUUAUUUGAUAAUCAUUAUUAUACAAAACAACAACAACAACAACAACAACAAUCAUCGAUAAUCCGAAAACAAAAUCAAACAUCGGUUAUUGUUUCACCAGAUCAUUUAAAGAAGAAAAAUGAUGAUGCGGAUUGUUUUAAAACAACAACAACAACAACAAUACCGAUGCAAAAUGCAAUAUCAUAUAUGCUUGGACAAUCAACAAAACCAUUCGAUAAUGGUGAUGAUAAUAUCAAUGAUAAUGAUAAUAUUAAUAAUGAACAAAAACAACUUUUAAAUGAACAAACACAACGUACAUGUUCAUUAAAUGCAGCAUUAUGUUUUGCUAAAAAUAAUAUUUUAGAAUAUUAUUAUAAAAGUAGUAAUAUUUUAACUACUGAACAAUUAUUACAACAUCAUCAUCCAUUAACAAAUGUAAGUUUAAUUUUGUAA